AUGAAGAAAAAUUUAAUAUUUGAAGUGUUUACCAAUGUGAUGGAAUGCGAGGACACCUUAAUAACCUCGGAUAACCGAGAACGUUCAUCACGAUUUUUCAAAGCGCCACGAAUUGGUUCACGUCGAAUCCGUAAUAGAUUAGUACAGAAAGGUGGCAUAUGCAAUAUAUCACUUGUUAAUGUACCCAAACAACGGCGGAAAUAUUUCAGUGAUAUCUUUACGACAGUAAUCGAAAUUAGAUGGCGUUGGACACUGUUAUUCUUUGCAACAUCAUUCAUCGCCUCAUGGACCUUUUUCUUUUCUGUUUACUAUUUCUUUACAACAAUUCAUGGUGAUUUCGAGCAUAUAAACGAUCCAAAUUGGAUUCCAUGUAUUAUGAAUGCUAAUAGUAAAACAAAUAUCUUUUUAUUUUCAUUUACAACUCAAACAACAAUUGGUUAUGGUUUUAGAUAUCCAACAACUGAGUGCCCAUUAAUUAUUAUAACAAUGUGCCUUCAAUUUAUGGUUGGUGUUAUGUGUCAUACAUUGAUGACUGGUGUAAUAUUUGCUAAAUUAGCAAGGCCUAUCAAACGAGCUGCAACAAUUAUUUUCAGUAAAAAUGCAGUAAUCUGUAUGCGAGAUGGUAAAUUGUGCCUACUUUUUCGGGUUGGUGAUAUGAGAAAAAGCUCAUUAGCCGAAGCUCAUGUUCGUUUACAGAUGAUCAAGAAAUGUAUAACAUAUGAGGGAGAGCUGUUACCUUUCCAUCAAUUUGAUAUGGAUGUUGGCUAUGAUACGGGCUUGGAUCGUGUAUUUGUCAUUUGGCCAAUAACAGUUUGUCAUGAGAUUGAUGAGAAUAGCCCGCUGUAUGAAGUUAGCAAAGAAAGUUUACGUACUGCUCGAUUUGAAAUUAUUGCUAUUCUCGAAGGUGUUGUCGAAUCGGUUGGUUCAACAACGCAAGCACGAACAUCUUAUUUACCUAAUGAAAUUUUAUGGGGUAAACGUUUUGAAAAGCUUGUAACAUAUCAACGUGAUAAUGGUGAAUACAGGAUUGAUUUUGAAAAAUUUCACAAUGUUUAUGAUGUUGAUACUCCACCGUGCUCAGCAAAAGAACUUGACAAGAUGAGGGAUCUUGGUUUAAAACCAGAGAAUGCUUAUCAAAUAGCGCCUGAUUUGAAUGAUAAUUCGGCUGGAAGUUCACCGAUUAUUGCAAUUCAUCCGAAAGGUUCCAGUCCACGUCUAUCCGUUUUAUUGAGUAAAGGUGAUAAUGGCACCUUGCGUCAUCCGGAUAAAGUUGAAACGGAUGAUGAGGAUAAUGAUCAGACAAUUCAUGUAGAUGUUGGCUUACAACAUAAGCGAUCACUAUUGACGCACGCUCAAAGUCCGGAUAUUUUAGCACGCCAUAAACAAUCAAUAAGACGAGGUCCUGAUCUUUUUUAA